AUGGCCACCACCACCAACACACCCAAAAUAGCCAUCAUAGGCGCGGGUCCCGUCGGCUUAACCCUCGCCGCCAUCCUGCACCGCAACGGCAUCAGGUCCACCGUCUUCGAGCGCGAGACCAGCGCCGCCGUCCGCGCGCAGGGCGGCACCCUGGAUAUCCACGCCGACGCCGGGCAGCGCGCGCUCGUCGCCGCGGGCUUGUUAGGCGAAUUCAGGAAGCGGGCCAGAGAGGAGGGCGAGGCGAUGCGGCUUCUUAGGGGGGAUGGGACGGUGGUGCUUGAUGAGGAUGUGGAGCAGGUACCGUCGUCGCAAAAAGAGAAGAGGGGUGGUGGAAAGGAGGAGAAAGGAGGAAAGGGAGAGGGAGAGAAAGAGGGAGAGGAAGAGGCCCGCGGACGCCCGGAGAUUGAUCGGCGCGAUUUGAAGGAUUUGCUUAUCGCGGCGCUGCCGAGGGGGUAUGUUCGCUGGGGCAAGGGCGUUAAAUCUAUCACGGCGGUGCCGGGGACGGCGCAGUGGAUGCUUGAUUUCAUUGGCGAGGAUAAUGAAAACGAUCACGACGACGACGAAUCUGGGCCGUAUGAUCUCGUCCUCGGCGCCGAUGGCGCGUGGUCCCGCGUUCGGCCUCUGCUUACGGAUGUCAGGCCGCUGUAUUCGGGCAUCAUAUCACUCGAUAUAUGGAUCUCAGCCGAGCAGCUCAAGAAUAGGCCCGACAUAGCAAAUUUCAUCGGAAAGGGGACGUGUAUGAUAAUCAGCGAGGGCCGCUCGAUGGCGCUGCAGCGACACAGCGACGGGAGCGCGCGCGCAUACGUCGACGUCCAGACGCACAAGCAUGUCGGCGGGGAGGUGCCGAGCGCGAAGGAAUUACUCAAGUUUUCCGAGGAAGAGAGCGAGAAAUUAGGGGAAGAGAGAGGGGGAGAGGUAGACUGGACGGACGAGAAAACGCGAAAGAGGUUCCUGGACACGCACUUCGGCGACUGGGCACAGGAGCCGAUCGACGUGGCCACGGCUAUGACGGAGCGGCCGACGCUGCGCCCGUUGUAUAUGCUGCCCGUGGGUCACAGGUGGGAGGGCCGCCCUGGCGUGUCGCUGCUGGGCGACGCGGCGCAUCUUAUGACGCCGUUUGCGGGGGCUGGGGUCAACGUGGGGAUGGUGGAUGCUUUGGAGCUGGCGGAGGGGAUCGUGGGGUAUGUUAAUGGAGGGGAGAAGGGGGCGGACGAGCUGGCGAGGGUGUUGAGGAGGUAUGAGGAGGGUAUGUUUGAGCGGUCGAGUAGGGACGCGGCGUUCACGGCGCAGAUGAUGGUUAUAUCCCAUGAGGAUGGCGGGGCGGAGAGGCUUAGGGAUAUUGUGACGGGUGGGGGUUUGGAUGAGUGA